CAGAAUAUGUGCGCAUUCAUCUCAGCCACUGACAGCCAGCCACUCACGUCAAGUCAAGGCUGCCUCCAUUCUCCAGCGCAAAUGGCCAGUCUUUCAUCCAAUGUGCGGCUCUCCUCUUAUCGUUGGUCGGAAGGUAGACUGAGCUAGUCGGGCUUUUCUGACGGCACCUGGGAGCACAAGAGAAACGAGAGGAAAUCUGGAUUGAAAUCGGAGCUAACGUUGGUUAGCUAGCUAAUGUUAGCCUGCCAGCGCAAUGGCCUUCUUCAGAUGUGUCCCAGAUGAUGUCAGGCAGCCCAGCCUGUAGAAACCACCAUGACUGAAGUUCAGGCCACAGUGGAGUUCUCGGUGGAGCUCCACAAGUUUUACAAUGUGGACCUGUUCCAAAGAGGGUUCUACCAGAUUCGUGCCAGUCUGAAGAUACCACCACGGGUCCCGCACAAAAUUGAGGCCAGUCUUCUUCACCCAAGCGGCUCUGAUCUUGCAUUUCCUGCUUUGGUCCAAGACGACAUCAUCUCCAGCAAAACAUUUCAAAUUCUGUACAAGAAUGAAGAGGUUGUUGUCAACGAUGUGCUCGUCUUCAAAGUCAUGAUGCUGCUGGAUGAGAAGAAGGUGGAAGAGUUGCUCAGUGAUAUGGAUUUCCAGCUUCUUCUGGAUCUGUACUUCACUGAUGGAGAUUACACACCAGGUGACCCGAGCUCUUUACAGAACAUAAGUGGCCGCACACUUCGUUUGCACUUGAGCCUUCAGCGUGGCAUCCACCAGCACAUCAAUGUCAUGUUUGACUACUUCCACCUGUCUGUCAUGUCUGUAGCCAUCCAUGCCUCCCUAGUCGCACUACAUCAACCACUUAUCAGUUUUCCUCGGCCAGUGAAAACUACGUGGCUUAAUCGCAAUUCUCCAGCACAGAGCAAAGACUCUGUUAUCCCGCCUUUAGAGAACGUUGUGUUUGGCAGCAGUUAUGUCAAGCAGGUUUCGCAAGAUGGAAGGUCAUUCCUGGUAUCUGACCACUGUGUGCAGCAUGCCCUAAGCCUCCACCAAAACCUCUGCUCCACUCUCCUAUUAGCCUACCAGGGCCUGUUUGACUACUUCACCUCCAUCACCAAGGACCUGCCUUCCUCCCAUCGUAUGGAACUAGCCAAGCCCAGCAUGCAAGUCCUUUAUGAGAGAGUACUAAGAAGACCCUAUCCCCGAAGCCAAAGGCACGUCUACAUAGAAAAACUUGACUUGGAGGCCCGUUUAGUUGAGUUGUGUGAGCAAGUGAAGCAAAAAGCAGAGUCUCCUGAUGAGUUGGCAGAGCUAGUUAACAUGAAUCUGGCCCAACUCUGCUCUCUGCUCAUGGCUCUUUGGGGACAGUUUAUGGAGGUUGUAUCGCUGCAGGAGAAAGUUGCUGCCCUUCUCGCUGUCGAACACCACACACUAAGAGUGAGGCGAUUUGCUGAGGCUUUCUUCUGUCUUGAGCAUCCAAGACAGUCUGCUUUGGCCUAUCAGGAGUUACAUGCUCACAGUCACCAACAGAUGACUAACGCCAUCAAAGGUUCCAGUUACUUUCUUUUUUUGCCUCCACUUCCAGUGGAAUGUGCAGACCUGGAUGGUGACGUCAGCUCUCUCCCUAUCAUUUUUGAGGAUCGUUACCUCGAUUCGAUCACUGAAGAUCGGGAUGGACCUUGGCUGGGCUUACACAAUACACGGACGGGCUCAGUGCUGAGCAAAACAGACAAAUUCAGUUCUAAAGACUGUGCUGCAGCAGCCAGCUCUUUACCACCUGAUUCCCAGUGUGCCCCCUUAAAUAAGACCUGGUCUGACAACUUUGAUCCACCUCCAAAAUCCAAAGGCAAAUCUGUUAAACUGAAGAAAAAUGCAAAGACUGAUAAUUCCAAGAAGCUCAUCAGACAUGGAUCUAAGGACUCGGUGGUCCUGGUGGGUUAUAAGAACCUCAAAGCUCCUUUCACUGACCCUAGCACCAAGUACAAGGAAGGGGUGGCUCCCCUGAACUUAGAAGAGGACCAAGAUGCCUUGCAGGUGGACUCUAUUAGUUGUUUACAGAGUAGUUCUUAUUCUGACCUUGUUGCCUCAUCAGCACACUUUGUGCAGAGUGUUGUUGAUUGUGUCUCGAAUGACAAUAGAACUUCUGCAGUUGCUUGUCUUCAGACAGGCACUGUCUCUGUGUGCCAGCAGUCUCUGAACAAAGAUGAAGAUGGUGACGAUAGUAACCAAAAGCUGACGCAGUGUUUUGCUGAACCUAAGCAAAUUGAGGUCAAACCAAGACUGAAUAACCAAAGUGGCAAAAUCACAAUUGUUGGACCAUCUCAGACAGAAGGUGCUAUUAAAAGCAAUAUUCCAGAUUUUACACAGACAGAAUGUGACUCCAGUCAGUGUGUGGUCAUGACAACACAGCAUAGCCAGCAUUCCUGUCUGGUGUCAGUACAGGUAAAGAGUGAUUGUAUCAGGCUGCCCGAUACAGCAGCCCCGAGUGCCUCUUCCCGCCUCUCAGACUCAGGAAUCGAGAGUGAGUCCAGCUCCUUUGCAACUCAGCAUGUUUUAGGCACUCAGACUUGUGUAGGACCCAGUGUGGUUGAAUCAUCUACUACUGGCCCACAGCCCAGGAUGACCCCUGUCAGUUCUACGCAUAGGCCUGUUCAGUCAAGUCCAAUGCAGCAGCCUGGUGGCGCAGCAGACUUUCUUCAUUCAGAAGAUACUUCUACUGCCAGGGGUGUUCAGUCAUCGCUCACUUCCAUUAACUCCUUGCCGUCAGAUGACGAAGGGGAAGGUUCUGAUAGAGGAUCUGGUGGAGGUGACGUUUUUUGCAGGCGGUCCAGUAUAGUGGUCCAGGAGCAGAGUGUUGUGUUCUCUGGGGAUAACGAAAAUAAAACUGUCACUGAUGCUACAGUGGUAGAUCCCCAUCAUGUAAAACCUACAUUCAAUUUGGAAAUGGACCCCAAAAUGCUAGGUAAUCCUGAAGUUAAACUGGAGGAGGCAGAGGCCAGUAAAGAGUCUCGAAGUGAACCUCAAACUGCGUGCCACUCAAGUAACUCUGCCACCAGUAGCACUGAUCUGGUAAAACGCGGCAUGGUAGAGAACUAUUUUGGCUCAUGUUCCAGCACAGAUGUGUCCGAGAUUAGUCCAGUGGAGACUUCUGCAAUCACACUGGGAAUACAAACAGGACCUCAGGUUGAGGAGGACGAGGACGAAGGCGAUCAUGAAAUGAUAGAAAAUGGCUACUUCGAGGAAGGAGAUGGCUACGCUUUUGUGAAUGGUGUAGCCGAUGAGGAUUCUACCAGUACUGGAGACACAGCUGGUCAGGAGACACGUCUUUUGUUUGAACAUCUUGACAUUGGCCAUGUCCAUGAAGAACGGGAUUUAUCUACAGCUCCAAUAUGCUCCAAUCCUGCCUCCAGUAGUGUUGGACAAAGUGCAGGAUGGCGUCAUCGAGCUGCCUCUGUUCCUUGUAAUCUGCAGUGGUACGAAUGUGCAUCUACAACACAGAUGAAAGAGUUCAUCAAAGCUAAGGAAGAAAUGAAGCAGUUGAAGCUUCCAGGCUUCUUGUACAGUGAAGUACCAGAUCUGGCAUCCAGUGUACCCUAUUUCAGCUUAGAGGAAGAUGAAAGCUGUGAAGAAGGCAUUCAUCUCAUAGUUUGUGUACAUGGUUUGGACGGCAACAGUGCAGAUCUGAGAUUGGUAAAGACUUACCUGGAGCUUGGGCUGCCUGGUGCUCGUAUAGACUUCCUAAUGUCGGAGAGAAACCAGAAUGACACAUUUGCUGACUUUGAGUCAAUGACAGACCGACUGCUUGAUGAAAUAGUCCAGUAUAUCCAAAUUUACAACCUCACGUUGUCAAAGAUAAGUUUUGUGGGCCACUCACUGGGAAACCUGAUUGUUCGCUCUGUACUGACCAGGCCCAGGUUUAAAUGUUACCUGAGCAGGUUGCACACCUUCCUUUCCCUUUCUGGACCUCACCUUGGCACACUCUACAACAGCUCUGCUUUGGUCAAUACAGGCCUUUGGUUUAUGCAGAAGUGGAAAAAGUCAGGGUCAUUGCUGCAGCUGACAUGCCGUGACCACUCAGAUCCUCGACAGACUUUUCUCUAUAAGCUCAGCAAGAAAGCAGGUCUGCAGUUUUUCAAGAAUGUAGUCCUGGUGGGUUCGCUGCAGGAUCGCUACGUCCCUUAUCAUUCAGCACGAAUUGAGAUGUGCAAAACUGCAUUAAAAGACAAGCAAACUGGUCCCGUGUACGCCGAGAUGAUUGAGAAUCUGCUGCUGCCGGUUCUUCAGAACAAAGACUGCAAUCUUGUGCGAUAUGAUGUCAUCCACGCGCUUCCCAACACAGCCAAUUCUCUUAUCGGUCGCGCCGCCCACAUUGCUGUUCUUGAUUCGGAGAUCUUUCUGGAGAAAUUCUUCCUUGUUGCAGGCCUCAAGUUUUUUCAGUAAAACUGCAUGUGAACAUCAGAAUGUAGAGCUAAUACCUCACUGCAUCUGAAUUGUCCUCCAAUGACCAUUCUCGGACUGUCACUUAGUUUUUAACUAAUAAUAUUGACUUUUUAAUGAAAUAGAUGUAUUACACAUUAUUUUUUCCUUGUUUUGAUUGAAAUGAGUUUGUAUGGAGUUAGUUAUUUUUCUACUGCUGUUAUUUUUGCUGGGGAAGAGUUUUUGACAAGUUUUCGGUUAUCUUUUCAGUGUUAUUUAUGUAUGGUUCUGUAUAUUUUAUUGAAUUAAUCCAAAUAAUGUAGAUGUUGAAACGAAUUAUGAGCUGCUACAAUGUUAAAACAACAAGUCUGCACAUAGCAUCACCAUUUCGAGACCUUUUCCACCAAUUUUUAAAGAUAUUGCAUCCAUUUGCACCACAACUGCAUUUUAAAAGCUUUUUGUACAGAAAAUUGUCAUUUGUACAGGUUACUUUUAUAUUGACUAUUUUCCAUCCUUUUUUAAAAGAUUGGAUUUGAACUAACAAUGUUGCUGCUUGGACUUUAAAUAGUGAGUGUUUUUAAUCCUUAAUGCAGCAAUGUGCACUUAUACCGACCGCGUUGUUGGUGAAACAAAGCUACACCAUAACGGUUUGUCGCAGGGAUUGUAAGCAGUCCUCGUCGUUUAACAGAAAGCACAUUUGGGUUUUAAAAUUGACUUGUUUGAUGAAAAGUGUUUGAUUGGUAACAUGGAUGUUUAUGUGAUUUUAAACUGGAAAGUAUUGCUUGGAAUAUGAUAAUUGUUUAUUGGACAAAUGUUUAUAUAUCAUAUUGUUCUAUUAAAAUUGAUAAUACAACA